AUGAAGGUAUUUGAAGCUGCUUCAGAGGCAAGGGCGGGUCUGCCUCUCUGGGGAAGCCCAGAGGGGAACGUCCGGAGGGCCUUUUCCAGGGCUGGGCGGGAGGGGAACGAGUCCGGCGCGCGGAUCGGGGGCUCGAGGGAGGUGCAGAGGCCGAGCCCCCGAGCCCCAGACCUUCUCUCUCGGCCCCCAGACCUCCGCGGUCGUUGCCCCUCGGGCGCCGGGCGGGUGAUUGGCAGUUGCCGCAGCUCUAGGGGGACCCGGGUAUCCAGGACCCGUGGCCGCCGCCGCCGCGACGGGCGGCGACCCCCGAGCUGGAGCCCGGGCGGCUCGCGGUGGGUCGGGGGCAGCCGGGGAAGGUCCCGAGGCCUACGGUGGGCAGCGCCGAGCCUGGAGGAGACGGCCGCGGGCGGAGGCGGAGGGUCUGGACUGCCCCCCUCAGGAGCUGCCCCGGGCCGCACCGCCACCGUCACGGCCCGGCCGCCCCUGCCCGCCGUGCGCUUCCUCUUGGAGCCGCAGGCCUCAGCGGGGACUCUGGGGGGCCGCGGCGGGGCCCGGCACGCGACGGCCUCUGGGGAGUUGGGGUCUGGGGAGACCGGGCUUCAUCCCCCGCUCGCCCAGGCCGCGAGACCCUCGGGAGGCGCCUCCGCGAGGCCAGAGAGCAGCGGGCUCCCGCCGCUUCCCCUCUUCCUGAGCCCAAGGAAUCUUCCGAUAAUUCUGCCGCCACGACUUGAACGGUGCGCGAGGCGAGCUCGAAACAAACAUCACAUCUAAAUUAAAAAAAAAAAAAAAAAAAAAAAAAAAAAAAA